CGUUCCCAGAAUUCCUAUUGGGUUAACACUGGAGGCUCUAAGAUGGCGGCAGCGGCAACCUGCGGUAGUGUUGCCGCGAGUACUGGGUCUGCAGUGGCGACAGCCAGCAAGAACAACGUCACCAGUUUCCAGAGGAGGGGUCGUAGAGCCAGCGGGACCAACGACAGCGGCCCUCGACUGGUGUCCAUUACGGGCACGCGACCGUCGGUGCGGAAUGGACAGCUGCUGGUAUCAACCGGGCUCCCAGCCCUAGACCAGCUCUUAGGUGGAGGUUUAGCCGUUGGAACAGUUCUUCUAAUUGAGGAGGAUAAAUAUAAUAUUUACUCACCUUUGCUCUUCAAGUAUUUCCUGGCAGAAGGAAUUGUCAAUGGGCAUACUUUGUUGGUUGCAUCUGCUAAAGAGGAUCCUGCCAACAUUUUACAGGAACUUCCAGCACCAUUACUUGAUGAUAAAUGUAAAAAGGAAUUUGAUGAAGAUGUAUACAAUCAUAAAACACCGGAAUCUAAUAUUAAGAUGAAAAUAGCUUGGCGUUACCAGUUAUUACCCAAGAUGGAGAUUGGACCAGUAUCAUCUUCAAGAUUUGGUCACUAUUAUGAUGCAUCAAAAAGAAUGCCACAAGAACUAAUUGAGGCUUCAAAUUGGCAUGGAUUUUUUCUUCCAGAGAAAAUAUCUUCAACUCUCAAAGUAGAACCCUGUUCUUUGACCCCUGGCUACACAAAGCUGCUUCAGUUUAUCCAGAACAUCAUUUAUGAGGAAGGAUUUGAUGGAUCCAAUCCUCAGAAAAAACAGAGAAACAUUUUAAGAAUAGGAAUUCAGAAUCUUGGCUCACCUUUAUGGGGAGACGAUAUCUGCUGUGCAGAAAAUGGUGGCAACAGUCACAGCCUUACCAAGUUCCUCUAUGUUCUCCGUGGUCUUCUGAGAACCUCUCUUUCAGCCUGCAUCAUCACAAUGCCAACACAUCUGAUCCAGAAUAAAGCCAUUAUUGCCCGUGUCACAACCUUGUCAGAUAUAGUAGUUGGUCUGGAAUCAUUUAUUGGUUCUGAGAGAGAAACUAACCCAUUGUAUAAGGAUUAUCAUGGCUUGAUUCAUAUACGGCAGAUUCCUCGGCUUAAUAACUUGAUCUGUGAUGAAUCAGAUGUCAAAGACUUAGCUUUUAAAUUAAAAAGGAAGCUAUUCACCAUUGAGACUUCAAUGAGGAUCCUCACUAUUUGAGAUGUUGAAGGAAUUAGAGAGCAAAAUCUGGUUCAAAGAUUGUGGUUCUCCCUCCUCUUUGCAAGACCUGGUUCCUCCAAUUCGUUGGGCCAGGGGAGAAAGAGUGGGAAUAGGCAUAUGUUUCUUUACACAGCUGCCCUCUCAAGAGUCUGCUGUUCAUUAUGACUGCUUCUCUGACUACCUCUGAGGCAUCCACAUCAUACUUUCUGAUGUCGGGGUACAGCAAUUGUUACAUCUCCUCUCCUGCCCACAGUGGUGUGCCUCACCAGCCUCUUGCUGAUGGAUUCCCCUUGCCAGGCAGGUCAUCAUCUUGGGUAGAACACCAGCAAACUGAACUCAGCAAGUGAAACUCAUCCUGCUUGUCCCACAGGAAUUUCCUACAUCCUUGCCAGGCCAGACCAUGGUCAUGCAAGCUGCUCCACCACCACCCCUUCUCUCUGCCCUGCCAUUUCUCUCUAGUUCUCCCUGCCUUGCUUGACAGGAACAGGGGCAGAUAAGCACAUUCUCUGCCUAGACUGAUGUUCACUGGAGAAUGGAGUGCCAAUCUUUUCAUCUUGCAAGCUUGGCCAGACUUUGAGUUUGUCUCUUGGAGCCCCACCCAGCACUUUUGAAACCAGCUUCACAAAAUAAAAUCUUUUCACCACAAGCACUGUAUUUCCCACACAGACAAGUUACCUCAUAACUCUUGCCAUUCCUUCCUGAAACUUCUUAAGUUGGAGCCAUGGCUGUGGUAGUGGGUAUACCUCUUCCGCCCUUAGAGGGUAUCUGGGUCCAAUUGCUGAAGCCUCACUUUGGGCAUUGCUUAGUCUCUAUUGUUGCCAGGGAUGGGUCCAUCCUGUAAGCAACUACUCCCCAUGCCGUUAUAUUUAUAUGCUGAUAGAAGGAGUAAUUUUUGAUGCAGCGUCAAGUUCUUGAGAAAUUCUUGACACACAGUAAAAAAAUUUUUUACAUGUCAGUUUCCUUACCUUUUCAGAAAAGGCUAAGAUUCUCAGAAUGCUUAACAAAGGAGGGUGGUAUAUCAGAUAGACUUUGGCAAAAUGAAUAGGAUUGAGGAAAGAUAAUCUCAGAGGAGAAUGUAAACAGAGGUUGAGAUCUGGAAAACUGAGGAACAGAUUUGGGGAAAGUGAGUAAGCUUUUUUUCUAAUGAAAAUACAGGCUAUAAGAUCAGAAAAGCAGGCUGGGAACAUCAGAUCAAGGGGUUAUCAAGGACAGAAUUGAAGACUAUAAACCAUGAGUACAGUAGAAAGGCUUUUCAGCAGAGUGAGCUGUGGGAAAUGGAAAUUUGGGGAAGUUCACUGUUAGACAAGGUACAGAAGAGGGUGGAGGGAAGGAGACCAGGGAACUGGUAUUAUAGCAAUUUAAAAAGGAAGAAAUAAAGGGGCAAGGAUACAGGGGAACACAUGAAAAGGGAGACUGUAAGCAAUAUUGGGAUCACUUGUGAUUUUUGGUAACUAAUCUUACAGGAGAGGAUAUGCCAGCAUGUUCCAAAUGCCUGCUGUGUAACGCUAAUUCUAUCAGAUGCUACAAAUCAACAAAAAAUUCUCUGGUCAAAUAUGCUGAGGAAACUCAGCAUAAUAUGGUCUCUACUUAAAAUUUGUAAGGUAACAUAGAAAUCCUAAUGAAGGGGCAGUGGCC